GGAGCGGGGCCACCUUGCGUUGGGGCCUCACUGCUCUCCCCAAAGCGUGGCUCACUCGUUAUGACCGACCUAUCCACGAAUGCAUGUUUUGAUGCAUUAUCAGUGCUGAACAAUGUACACCUCGUCGAAAAUGUGUGCAGCAUCUGCGGCGCAUCGCAUUACACCCAGAACUGCCCAGAGUACGCCAAGGGAGAUCAUGUUAAGGAUAAGCCCUCGCUUAACCUUUCAAGGUCAUCGGUGCCGAACGGCCUGCUGAUAAUGGACACCCAGCAGGGCAGUUGUGUCGUGACGUCGCAAAAGUUUGCCAAAGGAACCCGCUUCGGCCCGCUGCUUGCCCAGAAGUCCUACGUGCCGAUCAAGAAUAUUCCAUUUCCGCUCGUGCUGUUCGCCGGACCGUACUACCAGUCACACCAGCCGCAGGACGAGUACAGCAGCGAGCUGCAGACGCUGUUCGGCAGCGGCCGCAACGUGUACCUGGACACGCGGAACGAAACCAAAUGCAACUGGAUGAUCCAUGUCAGCCUGGCCCGGUUUUCGAACGAGCAGAAUCUCAUUUGCUAUCAGGAAAACGACGAAAUCUACUACACCGCAGUGAAGGACAUCGAGUUGGGAGAUAUACUGCGGGUGUGGUACUCGCGCAACUACGCCACCAAGAUCGGAGCAUCUCUGCUGGAAUCCAGCCCGUACGAUAUGUGUAACAACAUUCUGCGUUCUGUCAGCAUGGACUACGGGUUUGAUUUGGAGAGAGGGUUCACGAUGGAUGAAUACAACCAUCCGCCGGUGACAGUGGGGAGCAGUGGCAAUAGCAGCAGUGCUGGGGUCAAUACUGGUUGUAGCAAUAGCACCAACAUCAGCAGUAGUAGCAGUACCAUAAUGGCUCCCAAUGUUAGCUGCAGCACGUCCAACGUGAUGAUCUCAUCCGUUUUUGAUGAUCACAACUCACUGUUGCAUGGUAUGAGUGGAGGUGCUGGUGGAGGUGAAAUGCUCGACAUAGACAGCAACAACAAUAGCAGUACUUUCUGCUCUGCCGUGGCAGGUGUUAAAGGGACAGCAUCAUCCACCCUUACGUCGUACGAUAAGGUGUCCCUUCCACCGAUCGAUAGCCUAAUGAAAACAUCUUCACCCAAGUAUGCCAGUACUUCCUCGCAGCAGCACAUUUUCGAUAUCGAUCUGCUCGGUGUCCCGGUGUCCUCGGCGGCUACGGUGCUAUCACAUCACCCGACAAACGUGCCAGAUUUGGUGGAUGAAUACUUUAACUCGCCCUCUUUCGUGUACUCUAGUCAUCUUGGGCCGCAUCUACACAGUCAUCAACCACAGGAUCAACCGGAUCACGUACACUUCCAAAGCUUCCACCAGAACCAACAGCAACAGCAGCAUGUGGGAAUCUUGUCAUCAACACAGCAGGACACAGCCCAGGAGCUGCGCCUUGGACGAGAUCUUUACUCAACCGAGCAGCAGGGACACACCGUGCAAAGUGCAUCCCAUCAUCUCCAUCAGCAUCACCACCACAACCAGCACAACCACCAUGGCCAUCAGCAGCCGAUCGCGUCGAAUACAACGUUGCCUGACUAUCAGUGUCUUCCGGAUGAUACCCUUAGCCCGGCAGAUCUCAUCAACAUUUCUCUCGGCGCCAGCGACAUCAACAUUGCAUUCGAUUCAGCGUUCAGUGAUGCCGGUGGAGUAGCGGAUCUAGUGGGUGGGAGCAAUGUAGGCGCCCACCCAAUGCUAGCAUACGAGGGCACAAAUGAUGGCGUUGAAGAAGCGUUCGGCGAUGGUGCCGGGUUCGAUCUGAUGGCCACAACGAGCUCCACCGGGAGCGGUACCGGUAUUGCGGCGAGUAGUGGUGUAGUUGGGAUGGAAAAACUGCACAGCCGUUUUUCAUCGUCGUCCGAUUCGCUAAUCACACUGAACGAUGCAAACCUUUCGAUGGCCGCCGUCACGCCGACAUCGACGAUCGUUUCCUCCGCCCUUGGCGGACCGGAGGUGGACGUCGACAAGAAGUACGUUUGUGAGGUAUGCCUGCGGAAGUACAUGACGAAGUCAAACCUCGAUAAGCACGUUCGCAAACAUAAUCUCUUUCUGUGCGUGUUCUGCAUGAAGCUCUUCCAGCAGGCUGACGAGCUCAAGGAACACGAAUGUACGGAGCGAAAGUCUAAAACGGCUUACCUGCACUGUCCGAAGUGUUUGAAGGUGCUCUCUAACUCGUGGUCACUGCAAAGACACAUGAAAAUACAUAAGGAUCUCACCCCGGAAGAGGCAACGCCGCUACAGGGGGGUGCAUCUGGUGGUGGAACGGCGGAAGAGGUGGGAAAAUUAGGAAAGUUUGGCGAAGGAACGAACAACAGUCACACCACCACCAAUACUGCCGCCGCGACUACAACCCCAAAGGAACCGAUACCGUAUGAGGAUCUGUCCAAUUCGACACCCAUCGAGGAGCUAAAGCCGACCAUUGACGUUACAGAAGGGGGAAUUGUCGACACCACAGCGGCACUGAUGGGUUCUGGCAGCGAAGGACCCACUGAAAAAGUGGAGGCAAAGUUGCCCAACCCGCGCCAAGAACAGCAUUUGCUCACGGAGGCUGAAAUCAAAAAGGAACACGCCCCUGUCAGGGUGAUGACCGCAUUAUCUCCCUCAUCCCCUUCGGUUGGACUGGUGGGGGGCACCGGUGCCGUUCUGUCGAAUCACAGCAGCGUCCCGGUAACGAACACUAGCUCCAGCCAGGAUAUGCUGACAAACGUGCAGGCGCCAAAUGGCAAGCAGCUGUACAAGUGCAUCGUCUGCUCGAAGCUGUUCAAAAACCCAAACGCACUCGAGAAGCAUCUGCGCAAGGUGCACACAGUUUAUACGAUUUCGAACGAUUACAAGUCGGAGAAGAAAGUAUUGAGCCAACUGAACCAGAAGAAAACGUCCCCCAUUAAGCCGGCAAUUGCGAAGGCACUCGCGACGAAGCUGUCGCAGAAGAGCAAAAAACAGGAAGAAAUGGCUGCAGCUGCCGCGGCUGCUGCGGCUGCGGCAGCGGCCCAAGCCCUGGCGAUGGCUAAUACUGACCAACACCACCCGGAUGGGCCUCUAUCGCAUCUACGUGCAUCUCCGAUUCAAUCCAAAGGAAGUGGUGUAGUUGGCGGUGCUACGGAACUCGGUACCUUAAUACCGUCGCAACCCAGACCGUAUGCUAGGAAGAAAAAUUCUAUCGGAAUUAGCACUUCGGAUGGAAGCUUCGGCAACACCGUAACUCAUCCACUUGCCGGAGGAAAUGGAAAACACACCACGCUGCACCUCGGUUCCACCGGGCGAACGGAGGCUGCUGUUGUUGCGCACAACUCCAAGGAGAACGGCGGUGGAGGUUUGCAAAAUGUAACAUCGAUUGCAAAUGGUGGAAGCACUGCUGCGAUGGCCAGCACGGGCCCGGCUGCAAAGUCGCACAGCAUUAUCAUUAUCUCGAACGUGGAACUCACCAACAACAAUCUGGUCGAUACUAGUCAACUAUUCUUGAAUCAAGGCACGGCCCACCACGGUGGUGUGGUGGGUAAUAACGGCGUAGGCGCAUUAAGUAGUAAGAUCGACGUGAAAGUAUUAAACGCUACAGACCAACUACCGAAACUGGUGCCAAUUUCCAACCAUCACCACCACCAGCGUAACCAUCAUGCGCAACAUCAACACCAUCCACAUGUCGUUCCCCAAACGCAGGGCCAAUCCGGUGCUACAACGGUGCAGCUUUCCGGGACGACCAUCGUUGUACCGCCUGCUACAACGCUACCUGGACACAGCUCAACGAAUGGUGGCGCUAUGCAUGAAACCAGUGUUUACCCGUCGGGAUCGACCACUUUUGUACGUGGUAAGGCUGAUAAUAGCGAAACAGAUGCAGGCACCGCAUCAAGAGAUACGAUCGUAAACGUGUCACUGUCAUCAACGUUGGCUCGAAACGAUGCGCAAAUGCUUAACUCUGUUGGAUCAGUGGUGGAUCAAACUACCAGUGUCCUAGAGGAUGUGUUUAUGGAUGAGAAGGGCCAUUCGAUGGAGGGGGCCACUUCUGUGAUCAGCCAUGAUGAACUAUCCAACGAUAAUGAUUGCGCCGCGAUGAUCGAUGAACCCAACAAUGCACAGCUAUCGCAAACAUUUCCCUGCGAAGAAUGCGAUCGUACUUUCACGAAGAAUUACCAACUAAAACGUCAUAUGGAAAUACACGACAGUGUGUACUACACCUGUCCAUACUGUGAUCGUCUACCGCUCAAAGCGAAAGCAUCACUGCGCAAGCAUCUGUACAAUGCCCACCCAGAGCGUGCGCCGCCAAAGGAGCAGAUAAACAAGUUUAUUUCUACCCUCGUGGUUACCGACGAAAACGUGCUGCACGAGCUGACCCUGAAAAAUAUGCGCAAAAUUCGCAACAAGAGCGCCAAAAUGCAGGCCAAACAGGCGCAACAACAACAGCAACUGCAACAGCACGUUAGCCAGCAGGGUGCCGCGCAGCAUUCACCACAGCAGAGGCAUCUGCUGGUGACUAACGUUGGCGAUUUUAAUGAGUCGGCAGGCGAAAACGUUUCCGCCCCUUCCCCGGAACCGGCCGCAAGUGGAGGCGGUGUUAUUUUGUACGAGAAUGGACUAUCUGAUUCGAUACUCGACGAGCAGGGCGAGGAAAUGCUUUCCUUUAAAACUAUAUUCCCUACCGAGGAGGGCAGCAUUGGUGAAUCUUCGAUGGAUCAGUUGGACCACGUGGCGUUGGAAAAUUGCGAUCAAAGCAGCACGUGCAGCAGUAAUACCACGAACCAUGGUCCGGUCGCUUGCAGCGAGGAUAAAAAGCGAAAAUCGAGAACAGAACAUCGCGAGCAGUAUGUUAUGCAGCAACAGCAGCAGCAGCAGCAGCAGCGAAGGCAAAGCGAAACCCAUUCGCCAACUGCCGGAGGUAGCUAUGUUAAAUGCACCGGCGGAAACAGCAUCGACGACGGGGUGAUUGUUGGUGACGGCAAACGCAUGAAGAUCCUUAAUGUAUCCACCGAGGGUGGAAGUGGUAGUGGUUUGCAGCGAUUAAACAUUUGCGGAAACGAUACAUCAAGGGAGAGUAUGCUGAUAGGCUCACGCUUUCCAGCAAAUAGAACGGCACCAACAACAACCACACCAGCUUCUAACGGCGCAGGGACUGCGCUUCGAUAUUUACGUAAAAAUCAGUACCCUCACGGUAGCGGCAUCGUUUCCCCAACCAGUACUAGUAGCAUGGAGACGACGACUCCUAGCACCUCUUCGUCAAUGUCGCUUAUGUCUCACAAUGGCCAGCAGCAGCAGCAGCCACAACAACAAUCUCAUCAUCAUAACCACCACCAUCACGGCACUGGCCCGAACAGUGCACUAGAUGGAGGCGGUCAGCUAAACCUAGACAGUCUGUUCGGAAAUAUAUCGAUCGACAACUACGAAUUCGACGACAAUGCUACCAUUCAGUCGUUUAGUUUGAUUGAGGAGAAGUUUAAAACGUCGUUCGAUCAAAUACAAGAAAAGCUCGAUGCCGAGCUCCCGUUCGACGAAGAGCAAAUAAAGUGGCAGAACAACCUGAUGGCAAACGAUUCCUCAAGCGAAAUCGGAGAUAAGCUGCUCACCGGGGAAGAGAACAUAAUGCUUAUUUAGUAAACUAUAUUUUAGUUUUCCAGAAUCUUCUCUGCAGGGUGCUCAGGCACUUCCUAAACCCAUGGCAACCAGCAAGACACCCUAUUGAAGUUUUUUACGAUAACGAAAGGGAAGCAACGUUUUCUGUAUCAGCCUUACCGAGCAUAACGUAGCAGAACGGCAGAUGGCCCCAUUAUUGUAGGAACAGUUUACUCAGCUUUUGUUUGUUAUUACGUUUACCUCAUAAGAACAGUCAUAACGCUAUACGAACCGGCGGUUUUCACUUGGGCCACACGAGAAACGAGCGUUUCGUAAAUAUUUUCGUUGUUUAUGCGUCGUUUUCUUAUUUAUUUAUUCUAUUUAUUGGACGUUUUUGCUUGGGAAAACUAGAUAUUUAACAUCGAGAGCUACUUGAACUCUAAACCAAAGCAUUCACAAGACCAUACAAAAAAAAACUUAAUAUUAUUACGAUAAGAUAAGCUUUGAUCGUUGAAUUAAUUUAUCAAUUGUUUAUUUAUUAAUUUCAAUUUAAUCGUUAACGCAUCAUCCAUCGGAAGAUUCUCACGAAUAGCAUUGAAAGUUUUAUGAAUGUUCACUUGCCAUACUUUUUUGUGUCAUUUGCUUUAACUUAUACUAACCUUCAAGAAUAUAAAACACAAAUAAAUAACGACGAUCAUUAACGAGCGUCAACCACAUAUAGCAUCACAUGAUAGCUUUAGCUAUAAAUUCUUAGAAAAUUUUGCUAUGAUUCCUUUCAAAAAUGCAAGUUAGUACAUCAUUUCUCCUAACAUCUUUAGAAGGAUUUGAUUUCAACACGUGGUUAAUACAUUAGCAGAAGUAAAUGUGCCUACGACAUUUUGUUUCAAUCCAUUCACUUGCCCUUAUGAUAAUCGAUAACACUUUGUUGUAGUGUUUAUUCGAGAUCAGGGCACUCUGCAUAAAACGAGAUUCAUAGUAAAAAAUAUAGAAACGAAUAUAUAACCAGAAGAAAAGAACUGAGAAAACAUAACGAGCACAAAAAAGGUGAAAUGUCCUUGGCUAGUUUCAAUUAGAACACAGAAUGAUGCCGCACAGUGGGAGAAGGAAGCUGUAAUCAAACCAGCAAGGGCAAAGGGCAUGGCAGAUAGGAGAAAUAAUCAUGACUGAUAAACUUAUUUGUAUAAAAGAGGACCAUUGAUAGCUAUCAUUUAAACUUUAUCAAUCGUUUUCCAAACCUUUACGCAAUGAUAUGGCAGCAACGCAAAGCAAUAUUUACAUCAAAUAGCGCAUACUGUUUGCAUAACUAAUUUGAUCGUUUUAUUCAGUGGGGAUACAAGAAGGAAGUAGCAUAAGUCGAAUUUGUACGCUUGAUAACAACUAUUUAACCUAGUUUUAAUAUGACGGUGCCAUUAUAAAAUAAAUUCAUUCAAAUUUGUUACGUCAAGAUAGUGCCGUUGAUAACUGACCCAUAGAAGUAUAGAGAAGAAGGAAUCGUGCGCCAAAAAAUCUAGUUUUCGGCCAAAUUGUGGAAUCUCAUUAUAACUACCAGCGACCAACGAGUGACUGUUGUUUAAAAGUGGAUACAAAUCACCGACUGGUUAAAUUGGUAGUGAAUUGAUUCAAAACCAAAGGUGAAGAAGAAUUUGCCAUUGUGCUUUAUACAUUUUUGUUU